AGGAUGUUAAACUCGGCACAGACAGUCGAUGAUCUUUCCUCUCUUGACGUUACCUGGUGGGCGAGUUAUCGGUGACGUCACGUCCCCGAGCUGAGCCCCAUCUCCUCCGCGCUGCAUUCGGAGCAGCCUGUACAAUCACGAGCAUUAAAACGCAUCUAAACCACAUCAUCAUCGGAUUUGAUAUUAAAGCUGAAGAUGCUUCAGUCCCUCACCGGUAAUUCGUGCGUGCGCUUGAUACAGAGCAACAAAUCGGCAUGGUAUUUUCUGUUUCUCGUGCUCGGCUAUAUUCUGUAUCUCAUAUUCGGAGCGGUGGUUUUCUCCUCGGUGGAGCUGCCGUAUGAAGACCUCCUGCGCCAGCAGCUCAGAGGAAUCAAACGGCAGUUCCUUCAGGAGCACAAAUGUCUAUCCGAGGAAAGGCUGGAGCGCUUUCUGUCCAAAGCGCUGGAGGCCAGCAACUAUGGGGUGUCUAUUCUCAACAACGCGUCGGCAAGCUGGAACUGGGACUUCACUUCGUCUUUGUUUUUCGCAAGCACGGUCUUAUCAACCACAGGAUAUGGUCACACCGCCCCUCUCUCUGAUGGUGGAAAGGCGUUCUGUAUCAUUUACUCUGUGAUUGGCAUCCCCUUCACCCUCCUAUUCCUCACGGCUGUGGUGCAAAGGAUCAUGGUCUAUAGCACAUGGCGGCCCAUUAUGUUCAUUCAUACACAUUGGGGUCUUUCUAAACCCCUGGUGGCCGUCAUUCAUGCAACCCUGCUGGCCUUCUUGGCCGUGUCCUGUUUCUUCCUCAUCCCUGCCGCCAUCUUCUCUGCCCUAGAAAAGAACUGGAACUUUCUGGAGUCCUUCUACUUCUGCUUUAUCUCACUCUCCACUAUCGGUCUUGGUGACUAUGUGCCCGGAGAGGCCUUUAACCAAAGGUUUCGUGAGCUUUACAAACUGGGCAUCACUGUGUAUCUCCUCCUCGGCCUGAUUGCCAUGCUGGUGGUGUUGGAAACCUUCUGUGAGCUGCAGCAGUUGAAGCAGCUGAGGAAGAUGUUUUAUCUGAAGAAGGAGAAGCCCCAGGACCGCCUGACCAUCAUGGAACAUGACCAUCUGGCUUUUAGCUCCAUGCCGAACGGUACCGUCAACUCGCCCCAGGAGGACAAAACCGAACCCUUUGUGGACUUCCCCAUCUUAACCUCUCCGGGAGGUGAUGACCCCAUGAUCAAGUAGAUGUUUUAGCCUCCAUCAACAUAACUCUCAUUCGAGGGAGACAUCUGUAGCCGAGGGGUCUUGCAAGUGAUUGGCAGGAUACAGAAUUGUUAAAAAUUACUUGAAUAUGUCAGAUUUAACAGCCCUCUACAAAA